AUGAACCAGCCAGGACAACAAAAUACGAAUGCUGCAGGGGGCACCUACAUACCCGUGCAGCGUCAGGAUAUGGAAUAUAUUUGCGCAGAUUGCGGUGCCAAGAAUGAGAUAAAAUCUAGGGAACCGAUACGUUGUCGCGAGUGUGGUCAUCGUAUCAUGUACAAGAAACGAACGAAGCGGAGUAUGUAUCUUCCCACUGUUGCUCUUGAAACCAAGCAACUGUUGACCUUUUCCAUUAGUGGUUCAGUUCGAGGCCCGGUGAUGUUCCCCGGUCGCAAAACAAAUGUCAAAUGUGAGUAG